CGGCUGGUCACACUGAAAGACGCUUCGCCAUUUUAAAAUACGAAAUAGGAGACGCUCCGCCGGAAAAUCAGCAAUACUAUUCAAUUCCAACAGGACGCUUAGUAUUGCCUCGUCCCUUUUUUCACUGUCGUCGCCAAAGCCAUGCAGCGCCACAAAGAACUGUACAAGGAGCAAUCGCUGGUGCUGAGUCCGCGUAAUCACUGCCAGGAGAACAGGGAUCGUCUGCAGGCGGCGCGCGCCAAAAAGCGGGAGGAUUGCUUUCAUCAGAACCGCAUAAUCAGUGUGAGUCCCACGCCCGUCAAAAUGAAGCCAUCACCGGCAGCCCAAGAGAUUGAACCCCAGGAAAAUAUUGCCCCCGGUCAACAGGGCCUUGAGCAGCCACCGCCAAACAAGGAGAAGGUGCCCUUGGCACAAUCCAACCCAAAAUCAACCCGCAAGGAGGCCUAUUUAAAGCGCUACAUGGGGUGGAAGGCUGCCAAGAACAAUGAUGACAAACAGCGGGAGCAGUUGCGUCGUGGGGCAGCCAUAAAUGCACCGCUCGCCAAUCAGUCAAAGGCAAAGGCUUUUCCCAACUCUAAAUUAUUUCGGGCUCCCGAAAACCUCGGUACUACCAAGCAGAUGGAGGAUGCACCCGUUUUCCAGCCGAACAAGCGCAGCUCGCUCUACAUUAUUGCCAAUCUUUGUAAGGGCAAGAGCAAAUCAUCCGGGACAACCAAGCCAGCGACUUAUAAUCCUCCGGUGAACAAGCAAGCGCAUGCUGCUCCUAUGGCAAACAAGUCUAGGCCAGCAGCUCCUUCCUUUCACAAGCCAGCGGCGGCAGCUCCACCAACUACAAAACACGCGGCUACAACUCCUGUAUUAAAACCAGUGCCUACAGCUCCUCUGACCACCAAUCCAGUGGCUUUGGCAAGACAUAAAGCGGCAACGCCAGCAACAAAACCCGUAUCCGUAACUCCUCUGACGACCAAUCCAGUGGCUUUGGCCAGGCAGAAAGCAGCUAUGCGACCCCUACCCAAUGCCUCUAGUAAUAGCAGGACGCAAACUACGAGUCUCAAGCCCAGACUGAAUACGGCCCCAGCAAAUGAGGUGAAGAAGGUCACCAUGAUUUCCAGAUCCACGCCUGCGUCGCUGAACAAAGUGAAUACAGCCACCGUACGGCUACACCAAACAGGGAACAGCUUAAGGCCAAGGUUUUCUACUGCCCCAAGGGCUCCGUUCGAGAAACCUGCGGUGAGCAGAGCCCCAAUGAUACGUCCGGCGAACGUAGUGAAGCCACAGCCCAUUCGAGGCGGUGGUGGUGCCGCGGCAAAAUUCAAGGCUCCCGCUGGAAUGGCCAACAAAGCUGUCAGUCACACCUUGCGCAUGAAGGCCAACAAGCCAAAGAGCCAAUAUACUAAGCUCCAGGAGAACACGCGAAAGAAUCCUCAGCUCAAGGCCGAGUUGCUGCAGGCAGCCACGCUACAGAUACCGCCUCUCACGCCUCUAGACGAAGACCACGAUGAGAAUCCCUUCCUCGCACAGGCGACAUCCACGCAGUGCAAGUCCGGCAAUGGCAGCAGCAGUCUUCUGGACGCUUUUGAUGACAGCAUGAGUCCAGUGGCACCGACCAAAACUGAAGGCGACAGUACUGUGAAAAGGCAGUUGCUGCCUACGGUUAAGCCCGAGGUGACGAUGCCGGUGGCGAAGAAAAAAUUCGACUUUACGCGUUACUCUGUGGCUAAUUCACCGGCGGAGGAUUCGCUGAUCUUGGACCCAAAACAGGCCACGGUUACAGGAGAAGACGCUGGAGAUUCCACUUUGGUGCCGGCAGUGGAGAAGACGCCGCCACGCCGCGUAUCCGAUGGAAAGCCCAACUAUCUCAGCCCGUUUGUGAGUGUCUCGCGCGGAAAGGUAAACUCGCGAUGCGAAAAAGAAAAGCGGAAUAGCUUUUACCUGCCCGACGUGGAGUCACCGUUGGAAGUCCGCCGGGCCAUUGAAUCCGUUCUGUAUUUCCGCCUGCAGUUGGAGAAUGAGAUCACUCGCCUCCAAGGCCUCUGCAUCGAGUGGGAAACGUACAGCAAGGAGAACGAGACACGGUUGCAGGAAACGGGUGGCAUUGACAUGAUCAACGUGACCAUCGGCCAGACGCGACUGCUGACCACCAAAAAGAUGAUGCAGUUUCGCGGCCUUAUCGAUCGCUGCGAAGAUGGCGCGAUUGGCAAGAAUCGCCAGCCGAACGAUGGUAGCGAGGACACGAAGCCGGUGCAGGCGGAGGAUCUGGAGGGCUGGUGGGACAUGUUGCGUCUGCAGAGCGAGAACGUGGACAAGCGCUUCGAGAACCUAAAGCGUUGGAGGGCCAACGACUGGCUCGAUCCGGAUGCACGGGCAGUAGAAAUUAAUCAGCCCAAGCCUCUGCUGAAGCCCAAGGUUAGUCGCACCAUGAAGAUCAAGUCGAAGGCCAAGCCCAGCAGCAAUCUGCAGCAGUUCCUUCGCAAAGCCCAUGCCAACAUGAAGAAGACCAAGGUGGAGGAGCCGACAAUGGACGAUGCUGAUCCCUCGACAUCCUCGCGACACAGCUCGCCACGGUUAAUCGUGGUGCGCAACCGCAGGUCCUUCUCGCCCGCCCGCACCGUACUCCGCAUGUCGACUGGCGAGGGACGUCCGUCCAUUGCUCCCAAUGCGCUCCUGAAAUCUGCACUUCUUGCGGCCGCAGAGCAGAAUGCUGCCAGGACGCCACCGCAGAAACCGCGCACCUCCAUCCUGAAAACACCGGGCACCACCAAACGCCAGAACCGCGGGGUCCUCUUCAGCGCCAAGAAGAGCGUGCGCCGCUUUCAGUUCACCUUUGAGGAGGGCAACAUCAGUAACGACGAUAUAGUAGGCGCCGACAAACUGGAAGAUUGCGAGGAGGACAUGUCGCUGGAGGCGUCCACGGAGCGCCGAUCCCUGGAGCAGAACCCCGGUACGGCUCAGCCCGACGGGACCCCUCGGACCUACACAUUGCGAAACCGACGGGUCAAUCUGCGUCCCUCCCACGAGUUCAUGUAGUGUUGUUCAUUUUAGAACUUAAAUCUUUUGUAGAAUUGUUUAUAUGUUUAUUUUAUAGGUUAAUGUUUUAUUACGGAAUGCCAUUAAGUUUUAAUUAUUUAAGAUGUUAAAAUGUACAUUUGGCGUUUUAAAUAUUCGGCGAUUUUGUUUUGUGGAAAUUGAAUCAUAUCGUAUUUCUAAUAAAUUAUCUAAAUUAUAUUGAUAUAUGUAUUAUAUGCAGAUAAAGGAAUAAAUAAAUAACGAAUUUAAAGUCUG